AUGAUCUGUUCCUCAACCUUAUGGGAGGCACACUUCCACACGACAAGAAAAAAACAUAAAGUGGUAAAGGCCAUCACCUUUUGUGCAAUCCACCUUGCAGGUGCACUACUCCUUGCCAUCCAGCUCAAUCAAGAAAAUUAUCAAACGUUCCAGGCCCUUGCCUUCUUCAGCUUCUGCUUCUUUGCUCCGGCCUUGGUGGCUGCCAAUACUUUUCAGUCCACUUUCGGGGCCAUUGGCAAGGCUGUAGCAAUAGACUGGGUGUGCAUUCGUUGA